AUGACGCGCAGGGGCCCGGCAGCGUGGGCGCCCGAUGAGGCGGCGCGCUUCUUUGCCGCCUUCCACGAACACGGCCAGGACUGGGCCCAGGUGGCCCAGACGGUGGGCGGCGGCCGGCAGGGCGAGGCAUGCGAGGCGCUGUUCCGCAGGCAGCAGGCCUACCUGUCCAUACCCCAGCAGCUGCAGUCGGCGCAGGCAUUUGUGGCGAUGGUGGAGAACGCUCAGAAGGAGGAGGCCAGCGGGGAGCCCAGCCAGCGCAGCAGGAGCCAGGGCGGCAGCGGCGAGGGGCAGGAGGCGGCGGCCAGCGGCGCUGUGGCGGCUGGGCUGAAGCGGGAGGAGGGGGAGGAGGAGGAGGAGGACCCCUACCUCAUGGCUGGGCUGGAGGGCGGCGACCUGCUGUCGGAGCUGGGCGGCAUGGCAGACCUGGGAUACAUCACGUCGCCCGGCUUUGCGCACUUCCCGCCCGGCUUUGUGCCGUCGCCCCAGAACCCCAUGCCGCGCAUGCGCCGCCGCAAGUCGGCGCCCGAGCGCGUGGCCCCCUCUGUGGCCUCCCCCGUCAAGACCCUGUUCACCCGCCGCUCCUCCCUGGCCGGGGGCCCCUCCCUCAUGGCCAGCUUUGGAUACCCGCCCGGCGGCGAGGAGGGCGGGGCCGGCGGCGCGGCCGGCGCCGCCGCCGCCGCCGCCACGCCCCAGACGGCGGCCGAGGCUCGGCUGCGCCACUGCCUGCAGCAGCCCCGCACGCAGCGCUGGGCCGCCGCCGAGUUCUGCUACUCCGCUCUGGACCGCCCUUUCUUCAUGUUCAACCCGCUGGCCGGCCUGCUGGCGCAGUUGGGGCUGGGGGAGGGUGCGCGGCUGACGCGGCGCGAGUGGUGCCUCAUCCGCUCCAGCCUGGGCAAGCCUCGCCGCCUGUCCCUCAAGUUUCUGAAGGAGGAGCGGGUGCGGCUGGAGCGGUGGCGGGACGGGUGCCGCCAGCAGUACCAGUCGGGCGCGGCGGCGGUGGCGCACCCCAAGGUGGCAGACCACCUGCCGCUGCCGCUGGGGGUGGGGCAGCGCGUGGUGGCGCGCCACCCGGCCACACGCCAGCUCCACGACGGCUCCGUCCUCACCGCGGCACACAACUGCUACCGGGUGCAGUUUGACCGGCAGGAGCUAGGUGUGGAGCUGGUGAGGGACACAGACGUCAUGCCCGCAGAGCCUUCCGAGAACCUGCCGCCGGCGCUGCUGGCCGGGCGGCCUCACAUGGUGCUCAACGGGCGCCAGAUCAUCAACGGCCAGCCGGUGCGCCUGCUGGCGCCGCGCCGCCCACCCGCCGCCGUGCUGCCCACGCCGGCGGCCGUGCCGGCCGCGGCGGCGGCGGCCGCGGCGGCCGCGGCGGCAGGGACGCCGUCGCCUGCGGUCCCGGGGCUGCUGCCGGCGCUCGGGGCGGCUGCGGCCGCGGCGGGCGCGGCGGGCGGCAGUGGCGGGCAGCAGCAGCAGCCGCAGCAGCCGCCGCCGCCGCCGCAGCAGCAGCAGCAGGCGCGGGCGGCGGAUGCCAAGGCGCUAGCAGAGCUGGUGGUGGGGCUGGACAAGAAGGAGGCGCUGCUGCUGCAGCUGCGCGGCAUGAACGACGAGGCGGCGGCGGGGGUGCACGGCGGCGCGGGCGCCACCGCUGCGCCCCCCUUUGUCAACGCCUAUGCCUCGGUGGUGCUGCAGCUCAAGGAUGUGAACGACAAGGUGCAGGGCAAGCUGGAGCAGCUGGAGCGGCGCGGCAGCGGCGAGGGCGCCGCGGGAGGAGCGGCGUCGCCCGCCGGCGGCGGCGGCGCCGCCGCGCUGCAGCACCAGCAGCUGGGCGCCAGCCUGGCGGCGGACGCGGCGCUGCAGCGCCAGCUGCAGCCCCUGCGCCUGCAGCCGCCUGAGCCGCCGGCGCAGACGGCCGAGGCCUUCUCCGCCGCCGCGCUGGAGCAGGCGCACGGCAUCAUCGCCACCUGCCGCCGCAAGCUCGCGGAGUCGGCCCUGGCAGAGGAGAGGGAGGCGGCGGAUGCAGGCCUGGCACCCCCAGUGCCGUCACCUGACGCUGCGCAGGGAGGGGCUGCCGAUGGGGCCGCCGUGCAGCAGCAGGAGCAGGAGCAGGCGCAGGGAGGAGGGGCAGAGGCGGCGGCAGCGGCACCGGCACCAGCUGCCGCGCCUCUGGACUGGGGCAGCGGCGAGGGCCUGCGCCUGGGCGGCCUCAUCGUGGGCUGCGUGCACAGCCUGGUGCUGCUGCUGCGCGGCGCGCAGAGCGGCGGCGGCCUGCCUCCGGCCGCGCUGCCGGCGGCGCUGGAUGCAGCGCUGCGGGCUGUGGCGCCGCACUCGGCCGCCAACCAGCAGCUGUUCCGGGAGAUCGAGGAGGCGAUGAGGGGCCUCCAGCAGCAGAUCAGCGCAUCGUGA